GUUUGUCCAUCGUGUCAAAUAUUUCGGUCGUCAGCGACAGAGUUAAAGGUAGCCAAAGCUAAUGAUACAUACGAUUGUCAACCGUCUUCGAAAGUCGGGCAGCAAAUCGCGGUCAAUAUGGAUCAACUGGUUUGGCUUUCGUUUUGCAUUUCACUUGGAUUUGCGCUCCUUGGAAGUUUCUCUGCUGGUCUGCCGUUUGAGGAUGGCAACAACAACAACGUAAAGAUAACACGCCGGAGUCUAGAGCUGACCCAAACCAUUAAUAUCCAGCGUCAGGAGUACAUGCAGCGUCAAUGCGAACUUCUAGGGGACCACACACAAUCGCUAGAGGAUCUCUCCGAGCUGCAGAUGGAUCACAUGAUCGUGGACAGAGAACAUAAGCUGCUUUACUGCUAUGUGCCAAAGGUUGCCUGCACGAACUGGAAACGGGUGCUGAUGAUGCUUAUGCAUAAGUGGAACAACGGAACUGAUCCUCUGCAGAUUCCGGGAUCUUUGGCGCACUCAGUUGGAAUGUUCACCAAGCUAUACGAUUUAUCUGAAGAGGAACAGCAUAAAGUUCUCAGCGAGGAGUAUACUCGAUUUAUCCUGGUGCGACAUCCUUUCGAGCGUCUACUAUCGGCAUAUAGGAAUAAAUUGGAGGGGGAUUCCCCCAGUGCUCGGUACUUCCAGUCGCGUGUUGGUCGUCAAAUCGUUAAAGAAUUGCGACCGGGAGCUACCAACGAUUCGUUGGAGCAUGGUGACGAUGUCAGCUUCGGGGAAUUUAUCCAAUAUCUAGUAACUCCGGAGCUGAGUCGAGCCAAUCAAUCAGAUUACAAUGAACACUGGGAGGUUAUAUCUAAGCUAUGCAAUCCCUGCGUAAUGAAAUACAAUGUAGUGGGCAAAUACGAUACUCUUCUGGACGAUUCCGCGCUAGCUCUCUAUUUGGCUGGAGCUAACAAUCUAACAUUCCCCACUGGCCACAAACCAUCAAGCACUCGGGCCAAUCUGCGCAAUUACUUUGAUCCCUUGCCCAUCGGUGCCAUACGAAAGUUGUACGAUAUCUAUGAAGAAGACUUCCGGCUCUUUGACUAUGCAUUGGAUGAAGUCCUUGGCUUUGAGUUUGGCUGACUCUCUCUACAUGCUCUCUCUUUAUAUAUAUAUUUUCAAGUCACCACGAUAACGCUUUCCCCUGGAAAAUAUUGUGAUCUUAGACUAGGACUCAUAGGAUUAAGUGAACUCCAUUGCGAAUAUUAUUUUAGUUCUGUUUACCUCUCCGUGCACAAAUGUAUCCAAGGGUGUUGAUAGUAGGACUUUAUAAAUAAUGUUUGUUUUUCCAUGAUUUAAUUAUUUUUAAGAAACUUAAUGUGUGAAUUCAUUGUAUAAUGGUGAUGAAACAUCCAAUAGGCGUCAUCUGUUAGUGUUUAGUUUAUAAAAUAUGGGUCAAAUAUAGUUUAAACGUAUUAAUUGUAACUGCCAAUUCGAUAAGAUUACUCAUUCCUGUAACAUUGUACAAUUCCGUUUUCCCAAAGUUGCCAAGGCUAAACAACUUUCAUUCUACAAAUUUAAAUACACCUGCUGUAGUCAACAUAUUAUUGAGAAUAUAUGUUAUUGAACUUAAA